AUGGCGCAGUGGACGUGGGGAACGGACCUCUACAAGCGGCGGCGCUGCAAGGCGAUUGUGGCUCAGGCACCCUGCAGCCUGGGUGAGAGUUGCACGUUCGCUCACUCGGCGGCCGAGCUUAAAGCCUGGCCCUGGCAGGAGAAGCUGGCAGAGAAAUGGCAAGGCCAAGUGUCCAUCGGUGUGGUGGAGCACGCGAUGUUCUGGGACCUGCCUCGCCUGGGCACCACCGAUGUGGUUUGCAACCGUUCUACCUGCCUGGGGAACCCUUUCGGUGCUUGCACCUACCGCGACCCCGAGAAGCAGCGGCCGGCGCCGGACGAGAACGGCUGGCGGGUGGAGGAGCACGAGGUGUUGGUGGCAGCCUUCGAUCAGUACCUGCAGGCGCUGAGUGAGGAAGCUUGA